CUGAGGGGGGGGAACUGGAACCAGGUAAAGGUAAAGGGUACCCGAACCGCUCUCCUCUAUUCUCUCAAACCCCACCAUGCCCAAAGUCUUCCUGGUGAAGAGAAGAAACCCAGUGGCUGCGAUCCGCAGUUGGGAUGAGCUCCCAGACGAGGAAAGAGCCGACACCUACAUCCCAGUGAGCCUGGAUUGCAUGCUCCACUACAGCACCGAGGACUACCGCAGCGAGAGCAGCAGCAGCAGUAGCAGCGAAAGCAGCGGCGGCGGCGGCGGCGGCGGCAGCAACGGGGACCCCGAGAGCUCUGAGCUCCGCUGCCUGGAGAGCAGCAGUGGCGGCUCCGUGCAAGAGUCGGAGCCCAGGGACCAUCUCGCUCCUCAAUCGGGAGCCCCAGAGUCUAGAACCAAUGAGGACCCAGUGCUGCACCUGGCAGGGAAGCGCCCGACCGCCAGGUCUAAAAUCAAGUUCACGACCGGGACCUGCAAUGAAGCUAUGGUGUAUAGUUGUGAGCUGUGUGGCAAAGGCUUCCGUCUCCAGAGAAUGCUGAACAGACACCUCAAGUGCCACAACCAGGUGAAAAGGCAUCUGUGUACCUUCUGUGGCAAAGGCUUCAACGAUACUUUUGACCUGAAAAGGCAUGUCCGGACUCACACAGGGAUCCGCCCCUACAAAUGUGAGAUCUGCAACAAGGCCUUCACCCAGCGCUGCUCUUUGGAAUCUCACCUGAAGAAGAUCCAUGGGGUGCAGCAGCAGUAUGCCUACAAACAGCGACGGGACAAGCUGUAUGUCUGUGAGGACUGUGGCUACACCGGCCCCACGCAAGAGGACUUGUACCUGCAUGUGAACAGUGCCCACCCAGGAAGCGCUUUCCUCAAAAAGACCUCGAAAAAACUGGCCGCCAUUUUACAGACAAAGCUGACUUCUGUUCUCCAGAGAAAUGCCAAACUGAGUGAGGAGGACAAAUGAUGGGCGAGAAGGAGAGAAAGAGAGGGACUCGUGUGUUGGGACUGAUGCUACGAAGUUUACAUGUUUGCUAAGUUUAUAUGCUGGUUUUGUCCCCCUCUCUUUUUUUAGAUUUUUUUUUUUUAAAUUAACAGAAGUUCAGAGAUCUCUUUGUUCCUUCUGGUUCCUUCAAGAUAGUGGCCUCUUCCAUUCUUUAGGAUACCACCACUUGGAAUGUUGGUGUCUAGUCUUGAAAUGGAGACCAGACUGUCACAAAAAGAUGUAGUGUUUUUUUGUUGUUGUUGUUUUGUUUUGUUUUAUUUUGUUUUUAAAUAGGGGCCACUGUUGAGUUGUGUUAUGUACAAUCAUUUUUAGGACUCUAUAAAAGGGGAUAAAGGUUUUCUUGAAGACACUAUUAUUUUUAUUCUAUAAGAAUCCAGGGUGCUGGUGCCUUGAAGGAAAGUUAGCCUCACUCAAAUGUUGUAAAGAUGAGAAUGGCAUUAUUUCCUUUCUAACCGAGUUUACAGAAAUUAUUUUAGUAAUUGAAAUGGCCCUGUGAACCUUUUUUCUAAGAAGAGACCAACUAUAUUUUCAUGUCGAACUUUAUGAUGUGAACUUUGACUUCAGAUUGUGUUUUUGAUUGUUUUUGUGAUUGAUUGGGAAGGGAAUUUAAAAAAAAAAAAAAGACUGUCGAGAGCUGGGGCAAAAAAAAAAAAAAAUCAAAGCUAAAGCUGAGGAGCAUCCAAAAUGCAGAUCUUCAAGAUUCUCCACCUUCCCUUGGGAGUCAUGUUGGCACCUUGUUGGCACACUGGCAAGGUGCUGCUGCUGCAAGUGUAAAAAAAAAAAAUAAAAGAAGGUAAAUUCACAAAGCCCUUCAUUUUGAUUUAUUGUCCUGGAGGCAGCUCCACAAUGUACAUAAGACAUUGUUGAGACCUAAGUCUUACUCUCUACAUUAUCCCAGCAAAGAUGGGUCCUACUACUAUACCCUUUAUGGAGACCAGGAUGUCUUAGAGUUCCUGGAUUUAAGAGUUGGAAUGGACCUUUGAGAUCAUUUAGUCCAACUUUCUCACUUUACAGAUGAGGAAACUGAGCCUCAAGAGACAAAUACCCCCAAAACUGGGUAUACCCAGCAAA